CGUUUCAGGUGCUUAAAGUGGAUUUUCUAUUACAGUCUUUUUUUAAUCAUGUGCUCGGUUCACCUGUGCUUCGGUGUGACGUCACGUGACGUAACAAGCUACAUGUUGGCUGCCGGCGCCUAGCAACUAGUCGGCAUAUAACACGCUUCCAUUAUCGGACACGCAGUCCUCAGCUUUCUGACCAUCGUCAUCAACGUGUUCACACGUUUAUCUGUUUGUGUAAAUCCGUCCGGACACGCGGGGGAACCUGGACCAGGACCCGCAGUCCCGGACCGGUCCACCACGUCCAGAGAGCCUCCGGACUCGAGCUUCCGGCCCACUUCUCUCCAUCUGGAGCUUCAUGUGGGGAUCGAACAUCAAACCAGUAGCAACAGAAAGACUUCAGGAUCACAAGUCUCAUUUUCCUAAACUGAUGCUUCUGGGUUCGAUGGAGAAGCUCGGUUGCCGUGGAGACCAAGAUGGAGAUCCAAGCUGUGGGACAGAUGUCCUCUCCUGACGAAGAACCCACGAAUCCUACCGGCCACCGGCCGUCCCGCCGUGCUCCCGCCGGCGUGGGAAGGCGGAGCCAGAAAGGAAAGAGGAGGGGCCCUGCAGAGAAGCAGCGGCGCCUCAGAGAUCAGAGGCGGGGCCACCAGGAGAAGAAGCAGGAGGGCGUGACGGUGAAGAGGAUGUGCAGCGACGGGAAGCGGCGCUGGGAUAAGAAACAUUACUGCGUGUUCUGCCGGCGGCCGCAGGUGAAGAUCGCUCGCCACCUGCUCACCAAACACGCCGACCAACAGGAAGUGGCGGCCGCCGGAAAGCUGCCGACCGGCUCAAAGCAGCGCCACCUGCUGCUGGAGCAUCUACGCUGCAGAGGAAACUACAUGCACAACAUCGAGGUGAUCCGACAGGGCACAGGAGAGAUUGUCCCGUGGCGUCAGCCCUCAGAGGACGUGGAUGCCAGGAAUUAUCUUCCCUGCCCGAUCUGCCUCGGUUUUUUCCUACGUGCUGAUCUCUGGAAACAUCAAGCUUCCUGUCGCAAGAAGAUGACCGCUGACCCCCCCGAGGACUUCACACCUGAGUCGACUAGGUCUGACCCUGACCCUGCAAACUCGGACUCUGCAGGUAAAUCAGCCCUUAAUCCAGCAGCCGACCGAAGCGACGCGUCCACACAGGAUGCACCUUCUGACCCCUCAGGAGACCCCACCACCAAGGACCAGGCAUCUGAGGUGGGGACCAAUCAGUCCAUGACCUCUGACCCCACAGUGAAUCAAAACGAGAGCUCUCACCCAGGGGCGGACCAGCCCAGGAAGCGCAGCAGGGUCCAGGCCGCAGCGUCCCGCCUCCUGCCAAUUUCCAGCGGAGCAUCAGAGAGCUGCAGCGAGGUCCUGCACCGCAUGAACCAGGACCACGUCUCCCACCAGGUCAAAUCUGAUUGGUUGAUUUGUAAAUACGGAAACAAGUUGAUGGGGAACCAAGAUGGCGGCCAGAGGAGGUACGACUACGUCAGUCAGAAGCUGAGGGAGCUCGGCCGCUUCCUCCUAGCCGCCAAGUCUCUAGAUUCUGGCGUCCAGAACCUGCAGGACCUCCUCGCUCCGGGACGCCUCAGCCUGUCUCUGUCCGCCGCCAGGAAGGCGUCCGGGUACCGGUGGAGCCGCCCGCCGCUGGCGGUGAAGACCACGCUGAGGACUCUCUGUGAGAUUGUGAUCGGAGAAAGUCUCCAGGAUGGAGACGGGGAGGCCGCGGCCAAGACCACUGACUUCUACCACCUGCUGGGGAGGGAGUGGGACCAGCUGGGGCUGCAGAGCCCUGACUCAAACCCAGACGAAGCGGUUGGAGCCAAGCUGAAGAAGCGAUUUGUCCCAUCUAGAGGAGGGAGGUGUAAAGGCCCCCAUGACCUCACAGCACAGGUUUUGUUUCAGAGCAGAACCAGAACGCUGACCUCCAUGAGUCCAAACGGCUCCGGGCUGCACACUCCUGCUGUCCCUGUGGCUCCAGGAAAGACCCGACGUCGACCCUGGUCUUCUGCUGAGAAGGAGGCGGUCUGGAGACAGCUGGGAGUCCACGUGCUGGUCCAGUCGGUACCGGGGAAAGAAGUCUGCCAGCGCUGUCUAGACCUGGAGCCUGUUCUCAGAGGGCGACACUGGAAAGAUGUCAAGAACCAGGUCCACAACCAGAUCCAGAGCCAGAAGAAGCAGCAGUUCCAUGCCCAGAUGGACCUUCAGGAGAACCAGGAACAGCAAGACCAGAGCCAGAACCAAAAUAAGCAGCAACAGUACCAGGACCACACCAACAACCAGAAGAAGCAGCAGUUUCAGGCCCAGUUUGACACUCAGGACCACCUUCAGACCCACAAGAAAUAUCUGUACCACAUGGGGGAGCGGACUGACGUGGACCUGGACACUUCUGUUCUGACGGUUGUAGCUUAUGGACCUGACCGUCCACACCGAGAACUGUCUCCGCUGGACCCCACUGUGAGUCCGUACCCACACAGAACCCUGGGGCCUCACGCGGACCAGCUGCUGUCCAGACUGGACUGGACCAACGGGUCAAUCCAGCACCACUCUGUCAGCAGAGAGCUGGACCAGAACCUGCUGCAGGAGGUUCCACCAGGACAACCCCCCAAUGCACACUCUGGACUGGUCCACUUCUGAUGGACCGGGCCCCUCGGGUCCAUAUAUAUAUAUAUAUAUAAACUCUGAGUUGUACAAGUAUUAUUAUUAUGAAAACAAACGAAUAUUAAAGUUCCAUAUUUGUAUGGCGCUGCAACAUUAAAGCUAUGAACACAUUAAUGUAUCAAUAACUAAUACAAUUAUACAAGUACUUACUGACUUGUACUUUUUUACUAAAGUAACUUUAACGUCAACAUCCUUAUUUAAAUGAACUCACAUGUUAACUAGUUUAAUUUUGAAAAUGACUCUGAUGAGAAUUCUAAAGACGUCUAGAAGAAUAGUUAAACACACGCACACACACACACACACACA